AUGGUCCUCAUCGAGUGCAAGCGUCUGCCAAAAGAUGAGUACAGCAAGGACUACGACGUAUUUUUGAUGUCGGUCCCUGCGACCACAAACAUAGGUGUGGUGACCGAUGCGCUGCAGCGGAUGCGUAAUACAAGAGUGCGCAUCAAGUGGAUGACGGCGGCCGCAAAGCAGCUUGCAAAGGACUCCUGUGCAGAGGAGCAGCAGCACCACCUGUUGGGUCCUGUCGCCGACGCCGAGCGGUACAUGUCCCUCGAACGCGCAGAAAGUCGGCUGACGUGUGCCCAGGAAGAGUUAGACGCCUUGGUGGACGCAUUCAAGGGGGGUGCUAUGAUCCUCUUCCCGGCCGAGUGCAGUGGAACAGACGCGGUAAAGCGUUUAACAAAAGUGCUGGAUGACGACAACGCCACCGAUGCGGAGCGCUCCAGGGCGCACCGCCUUCUCAGCAUCAUUGACGAUGGCGCAACCACGGAGGAUAUCCUGCAGGGUGUGGCGAGCAUGUGGUGGAGUGGCAAACAAUUGGAUCGGGCUGCCGACCUCGCAAAGUACGUGGGCAAGAACGAAAAGACAAAGAUUACGGUGAAGCUGACGGCCAAAGAUGCCCCCGCGCCUCCGCGAGAGCCUGCUUUGGAUGCCAAGGCGCAGUCCGAGCUUAUGGCGUAUUACUUUAGGAAACAGGAGGAGAUGAAAAAGGUGAUUGAAGACGAGGACCUCACCUACGGCAACAGCGCCUGGGCCAAUCCACAGGGUCUCAAGUCCCAGUUGCAUGGCUUCGAUUCGGUAAAGUUCAAACCGGGGUAG